AUGGAAAAAGAAGCCGUGGAAACGACCUUCAAGUACUUUUGCUAUAAAUACACUUAUAUUAACGCUAUUGUUUUCCUUUUAACGCUUUGUUAAUAUUAGGGAGCUCCUUUGGCACUACCGCUCUUUUGUAUGAUAUUGAACGAAAUUGUUAUCUGGAUUAAAUUUUCGAAUGGGUAAAUCGUAGACAAGCUUGAUCACAUUCUCCACAUCUUAUUUUAUAUGUAUGUCACGCUUAUGUAUUAUUUAAAUCUAAAAUCCUAUAUUUUCAGCAAUAUAUUCAUAGUCUUGUCUUUCAUUCUAAAAGUAGCCUGUGACAAGCAAUAUAAUGAGUAGCACGAUUAUUCAACUAUUAUACGAUUGGUAUUUUUAUUUAAUAUUUAGAGUAUAAUUUUCUAUAGAUUUUCACUAUUGAUAGCUAUUCUUUGUAUCACAUUAAAAGUCAAAGGAUCUGUAGAUUGGACGUGGUCAUAAACCUUUUGGUGGUAUUGGAUGUUUUUGAGUGGAUUAAUAGGAACAACUAUGACUUUUUUAUUGAUAUUAAUCAAUAAACUAAUUAAGAUUAAAUGCAACUUUAGAGUAAACCAAACAAAAAAUGAAGUUAAAUUAUUAAUAUGGCUAUUAUAUAUUGGAACUUUAAGCAGUGUAAUAGCAGGAAUUUGGAUAGUAAAUACAUUAAAUGAACUUGGAAUCGGUUUCAAUAUUUAAAUAGGAGACGUUUCUAUCUAUAUCAUUAUACCUCUGAAUAUUCUCAUAUUUUGCACAAUCUCGUAUUUAUUAUUCGAUUCAGUGGUUGAAUAGGUUUUAACAAUAAAUUAAAUUCAAACUAGACAUUCAAAUACAAAGUCAAACUCUUAAGAGAAAGAGAAAUAAAAUAAAAAGGUGUUAAUUAAGUAAUCAAUUUUCAUGCAAAAACUAUCAAACGCUUACUUUCGAAAAAUAAAGACCCUGGAAAUUUUGCAGCUCAAAGAGGCAGGCUAAAAUCAAAUAUUAACAGAGAGAAAUAUGAAUAAAAAUAUUAUUAAAAAAAAUAAACCAGCUCAUCAUAAUUCUAAUAACAAGUGCAUAAUUUGUUGUGAGUAAGCUUCAAAUGCAGUAUUUAUGAAUUGUGGCCAUGGGGGAAUUUGUUAUUAAUGUGCAGUUCAAGUAGCAUAAAAUUAAAAGGAAUGCUUUCUUUGUAGAUAGAUAAUUUUGUAGAUUUAUGAAAUUGAUGAAAAAGAUGCUAGCAUAUUCAAAAGAGUGAUCUCAAAAACUAGAAUUUCUAAUUGA